UACGUCAGCGGAACCCCGAGGCGGGACUUAAAUGCCGCGGUUGUAGGCUUACCCGAGGAGGAUUCAUUCAUAAGACCAAAUCUGCUUCUUUGUACCGUAAUUUUAUCCUCUAUCCACCGCCAAACGGACUUUAUGGAUCCAACGCAGUGAGGAAGGAAGAACCGAGGACAUUUUUUUGGGCGGGAAAGUGGAUUAAAUAUUCUCCAUGCAACUUUUUUGGAAAGACAGCAGGAGCAGCUCCGCGGAAAACAGCAAAAACUCUAAUAACGGUGCCCCCGGGGAGAUGUACCAAGGGUUCCCCGGCGACCACGACAGCGGUUCCCGCGGAAGCUCAUCCCCGUCCAUAGAGUCCCAGUACCUUUCCUCCGUGGACUCCUUCGGGAGCCCGCCGACCACCACAGCUCCCCAGGACUGUGUGUCAGCUGGAGCUGGCUUGAGCAUUGUGGGCAGCGGGCCAGGAUCCAGCGGCGGAGGGGAGAUGCCCGGCUCAUUUGUGCCAACUGUCACCGCCAUCACCAGCAGCCAGGACCUGCAGUGGAUGGUUCAGCCCACGCUGGUUUCCUCCCAGGCCUCGGGACAGAGCGGCACCACCGGCACCUCCACAAUGACACAGCCGGUGUCCCUGGUUGACCCAUACGACAUGCCGGGCCCGAGUUACUCCUCCGGGUCCGGAUUCACCCCGCCCAGUUCGGACGCCCCCGGUCCGGCCACGGGUCCCAUUCGCCACUCCAGGACCCGUAGUCGUCGCACGCGAGACGAGUCUGUGAGUGAAGACGGAGAUGUUGGUGUGUUACUGUCCCCGGAAGAGGAGGAGAAGCGGCGUGUCCGUCGAGAGAGAAACAAACUGGCCGCCGCCAAAUGCAGAAACCGGCGGCGGGAACUCACAGACAGACUGCAGUCGGAGACAGAUAACCUGGAGGAGGAGAAGGCCGAGCUGGAGGCGGAGAUCUCCGAGCUCCAGAAGGAGAAGGAGCGCCUGGAGUUCGUGUUGGUGGCCCACCAGCCCAACUGCAAGAUCCUCUACCAGGAGCAGCCUCAGCCGGGCUCCACGCCGCUGCCCGCCCAGACCUUACAGCCCUCUGCCUCCAUUGCGAGCUUGGCGGCGAAGGAAGACUCUUUCUUUCUCCCCGCCGCCUACACAACAGUCCACCCGGCCUCCUCGCAGUCGCAGCAGCAGCAGCAGCAGCAGCAGCCCGGGAUGAUACAGGAGGUAGAGUUUUCUCCUUCUUUCUAUGGCUCGAGUGAGGCGCUGACGCUCGGCCUCAUGGCCGGCGACGGGGGCGACGGCGGUUGUGGUGGCGGUGACCGUGACGAUGCGACCGUUGCCGACCACAGCACCUCAUACACAUCUUCAUUUGUGUUCACCUACCCAGAGGGAGCCUGCGGGGUCAGUGCCAACCAUCGGAACAGCAGUAGCGAGCAGUCAUCCGAUUCCUUGAACUCGCCCUCCCUGCUGGCGCUCUGACUCACCGACAAAACGCGCGUCACUUACUCUUUGAGCGCUCUUGCAGAUUGAGUCAAAGAAACACAAAAAUUUAAGAAUCCCAGCGACGAGCCAUGCCGACUUGAGCGUGGCGCUACGUGAAUCCGACACGUUAGACCCGUGUGCGCCCACCUCGUUCCCUCUGAGGCCCCCCCCCCUUCCAUUCACUCCUUCAUCCCUCCCUCCUCUUUUUGAAGACUUGUAUUAGCGCACAAAAGGAGGAGAGACAGAUCGCACUCACCGCCGCUAAGCCUUCAUCCCGGCUUUUUUUUUUUCCUUACAAUUCCUCUGCCAUGCUUCUCCUCCUCUGUCUCUUGUGUUUCUCCCCCUCUACCUCUCUCUCUCUCUCUCUAAAGUCCCCGACCCCCGAGAGCCCGAAGACCCCCAAGAGUCCUUGGAACCUUGAGUGAAAACACACACAGACCACCUUAACCUGUCACCUUAAGACGCAGAAGACCUGGAUCAGGAUUCUGGAUUCCUAAAGAACUCACGCCCCCUCCAUACACCCCCCCUCUCCUGGACACACACACACACACACACACACACACACACACACACGUUCUUGCCGUUCUGAAAUUCUUGAGACCUGAAAAAAAAAUGCCUCCCUCUUAAGGACCAGCCUUUCUAGAUAUUAAAGAUGUGUAUUUACAACAUUUUGCAAGAAAAGUUUAACAUUUGGGCAAUUUUAUGGAAAGAGUCGUAAUUUUACUCGACAAAAGUCACAACUUUGCAAGAAAAGUUCUCAACUUUUGGCACCAUUAUAAUAAUAAUAGGAAUUUUACUCUGCGAAAUUAUGCCAAGUCAUCAUUUUACUCAAAAAAUUGUCACUAUUUUACAAGAACAACAAGAAAAUUGGCAAUAUUGUGAUAAAAUUCAAUUAAAUAUAAAUACAAGAACACACACACACACACACACAUGUUCUUGCCGUUCUGAAAUUCUAGAGACCCGAGAAAAAAUGGCUCCCUCUUUAGCACCAGCCUUUCUAGAUAUUAAAGAUGUGUAUUUACAACAUUAAUAAUAUAUACAUACUAUGCAAAUAUAAAAAAGCUUGUUGUGAAAAAUGAGUUGGAAUUUCACAAGUAAAAUGUCACAGGGAAAAAGUUGGAAUUUUACUCAAUAUCAGUCGCAAUUUAACAAGAAAAGCUUAACAUUUGGGCAAUUUUAUGGAAAGAGACGUAAUUUUACAAAAGUCCCAACUUUGCAAGAAAACUUCUCAACUUUUGGCACCAUUAUAAUAACAAUCGGAAUUUUAUUUUGCGAAAUUAUGACAAAAGUCAUAAUUUUACUAAAAAAAUUGUCACUAUUUUACAAAAACAACAAGAAAAUUAUCAAUAUUGUGAUAAAAUUCAAUUAAAUAUAAAUACAAGAACACACACAUGCACGCACGCACACACACACACAUACACACACACACACACUCACACACACACACACACACACACACACACGUUCUUGCCGUUCUGAAAUUCUUGAGACCUGAGAAAAAAUGCCUCCCUCUUUAGGACCAGCCUUUCUAGAUAUUAAAGAUGUGUAUUUACAACAUUAAUAAUAUAUACAUACUAUGUAAAUAUAAAAAAGCUUGUUGUGAAAAAUAAGUUGGAAUUUCACAAGUAAAAUGUCACAGGAAAAAAGUUGAAAUUUUACUCAAAAUCAGUCGCAAUUUUACAAGAAAAGCUUGACAUUUGGGCAAUUUAAUGGAAAGACUCGUAAUUUUACUCGACAAAAGUCACAACUUUGCAAGAAAAGUUCUCAACUUUUGGCACCAUUAUAAUAAGAAUCGGAAUUUUACUCUGCGAAAUUAUGACAAAAGUCAUCAUUUUACUCAAAAAAUUGUCACUAUUUUACAAGAACAACAAGAAAAUUGGCAAUAUUGUGAUAAAAUUCAAUUAAAUAUAAAUACAAGAACACACACACAUACACACACACACACACACGUUCUUGCCGUUCUGAAAUUCUUGAGACCUGAGAAAAAAAUGCCUCCCUCUUUAGGACCAGCCUUUCUAGAUAUUAAAGAUGUGUAUUUACAACAUUAAUAAUAUAUACAUACUAUGCAAAUAUAAAAAAGCUUGUUGUGAAAAAUAAGUUGGAAUUUCACAAGUAAAAUGUCACAGGAAAAAAGUUGAAAUUUUACUCAAAAUCAGUCGCAAUUUUACAAGAAAACCUUAACAUUUGGGCAAUUUAAUGGAAAGACUCGUAAUUUUACGCGACAAAAGUCACAACUUUGCAAGAAAAGUUCUCAACUUUUGGCACCAUUAUAAUAAGAAUCGGAAUUUUACUCUGCGAAAUUAUGACAAAAGUCAUCAUUUUACUCAAAAAAUUGUCACUAUUUUACAAGAACAACAAGAAAAUGGGCAAUAUUGUGAUAAAAUUCAAUUAAAUAUAAAUACAAGAACACAUACACACACACACACACACACAUUCUUGCCGUUCUGAAAUUCUUGAGACCUGAGAAAAAAAUGCCUACCUCUUUAAGACCAGCCUUUCUAGAUAUUAAAGAUGUGUAUUUACAACAUUAAUAAUAUAUACAUACUAUGCAAAUAUAAAAAAGCUUGUUGUGAAAAACGAGUUGGAAUUUCACAAGUAAAAUGUCACAGGAAAAAAGUUGGAAUUUUACUCAAUAUCAGUCGCAAUUUUACAAGAAAAGCUUAACAUUUGGGCAAUUUAAUGGAAAGAGACGUAAUUUUACAAAAGACACAACUUUGCAAGAAAACUUCUCAACUUUUGGCACCAUUAUAAUAACAAUCGGAAUUUUAUUCUGCGAAAUUAUGACAAAAGUCAUCAUUUUACUAAAAAAAUUGUCACUAUUUUACAAGAACAACAAGAAAAUUAUCAAUAUUGUGAUAAAAUUCAAUUAAAUAUAAAUACAAGAACACACACAUGCACGCACGCACACACACACACACACACACACACACACACGUUCUUGCCGUUCUGAAAUUCUGGAGACCUGACAAAAAAAUGCCUCCCUCUCUAGGACCAGCCUUUCUAGAUAUUAAAGAUGUGUAUUUACAACAUUAAUAAUAUAUACAUACUAUGCAAAUAUAAAAAAGCUUGUUGUGAAAAAUUAGUUGGAAUUUCACAAGAAAAAUGUCACAAUUUCACAGGAAAAACGUUGGAAUUUUACUCAGUAUCAGUUGCAAUUUUACAAGAAAAGCUUAACAUUUGGGCAAUUUUAUGGAAGACUCGUAAUUUUACUCGACAAAAGUCACAACUUUGCAAGAAAAGUUCUCAACUUUUGGCACCAUCAUAAUAAGAAUCGGAAUUUUAUUCUUUGAAAUUAUGACAAAAGUCAUCAUUUUACUCCAAAAUAUGUCACUAUUUUACAAGAACAACAAGAAAAUUGGCAAUAUUGUGAUAAAAUUCCAUAAAAUAUAAAUACAACACACACACACACACACACACACGCACGGAGGUCUUCAAAGGAGAUGACAGUUACCGUGCGGUUUGAAAGGUAGAAAUGGAUGUUUGUGGUGGUAAGCCCAACGCAAAUGAACAAACACAAAAUAGAAAAAAAAACCUCCUGCUGUUGCCAAUUGUCGCUUUUGCAUCCUGCUUUCUUCUCCCCAAGCGUGAAGAUCCAGGCAACCUCUAAAGCCUUGGGCCCCCCCGGCCUGUUUAUUUCUUUCUUGAAUGAGGUUGUCAUGGCGACUGAGCGUAAAACAGACCCGGGAAAACCGAAAGAGGAGGAGAGCAUGUCUGUGAAUUUGUACCAUUUUUGUUCCUCCUCGUACGUAUCAAGUGACACUUGUUGCAUAUUUUAACGUCUCUUUUUUUAAUUAUUUUGUUUGAAUGUUCCGCUUUUACUCGUACCGUUGAAUUGUUAUUUUUUUUUCUCUUAUUGUUGCGUUGUGCUAUUUUAUUUGGUCAUUAUUUUUGAUUUUGUUUCACGUGGCAACUUUGAAAGCAUGUCGUGCACAAAACUCGUCUAUAUGCCUUUACACGGAUAUCAUGUAUAUAUACUAUAUGAGUAUCAUGAUUGACGAGUAUGAAUGUAUCGCAGAUUUAAAGGGGAUAUUUUUGAAGAAGAAUUUGAUGUUUGGGAGGUUUGAAACGAAUAUUUUUUUAAGAGAAUGAAAAAAAAACAUACAUACAUAUAUAUAUAUAUAUAUAUAUCUAUGAUAGAUUUUAAACAGCCCUGCCCCUUAACAUGAAGUGCAAUGUCAGUGCCUCUUGCAAUGUGUAUUUAUGUUUUAUAAAACAGUAUAAAAGCACUAUAAGAGACUAAGUAAAUGUAUGUUGGUAUGUAACUAUGACGUUUAAAGUUGUGGCCACGCCUUUUUGUUCUUGUCUGUUUUUUUCUCUGUGAGGUCUGACCCAGAGCUGCCAAAAGGACCAAAACAAAUAUUACAACUUUCCAGACAAUAUAUACUGUUUUUAUAUUAUUUGCAGAAAAUAUCCAUGCACAAUAAACGUAGUGACCUGAAAGGUGUAUUUUGAAGUCCAGCAUACGCAUUCAUUCCCUUAUUUACCGUGAUAGCCGCUUUGUUUUGAAUAAAUACACACUUUCUAGCACAA